AUGUCGUGGUUCCAGAAGACAUUUGCAUUACCAGCCAAAUCGCGUGGCUCAUACUUGAUCACGGACCAGGUGGUGUCCUCACUGCCGGAACUCAAGGAGUACAAGGUCGGAAUCCUCAACCUAUUCGUGCAGCACACUUCGUGUGCGCUGUCCCUGAAUGAAAAUUGGGAUAGCGAUGUGCGCGAAGACAUGAGUGAUGCGUUGGACAGGAUUGCUCCGGAGGAUAGAAAGGGGGAGUUGUACAGGCAUUCCGCCGAAGGGCUGGAUGACAUGCCGGCACAUAUUAAGUCAGCAUUGAUUGGUGCGAGUGUGUCAAUCCCCAUCACGGACGGGAGACUGAACACGGGCACGUGGCAAGGGAUUUGGUAUCUGGAAUUCCGAGCGGCAAAACACUCGAGGAAGGUCGUGGCGACCAUCCAAGGCGAGAAGAGGUGA